AUGGAUUCUGUGAGAAUGGUUAAGUCUGUUCUGGUGUGGAUUCGAUUGAAUGGUUUGGGAUUGCAAUAUUGGGGUAAGAAUAGUCUCAGUGCUCUGGUGAGUACUAUUAGCAAACCAAUAAUGGUGGACAAGGUAACUCAGAGCAGAGCGAUGGUGAAAUAUGCUUGGGUUUUGGUAGAUAUGGAGAUUUCGGAUCACCCUCCCAAGAGCAUUGCUUAUAUCAAUGAACGGGGACAGUUAGUCGAACAAAUGGUUGAGUAUGAAUGGCUCCCAUAUAAAUGUGCUGCUUAUGCUCAAUUAGGGCAUAUAGUGGCUAAUUGUAACAAGGGGAAAGGUGUGGUUUGGAUGAAGAAAACCUCUGUUGAAAAAAGAGAUAAUUUAGAACAUGAAUUAAAUGGUCCUGAGAUUGAUCAACAGCAAGUUUCAGGGUCUGCAAUACCAGAAAACAGAGUGCCUAUUACUACAGUUACUGAUGCAGACGAGAGGGGCAUUGAGUCAAAGGAGAGUAAUGUAGAUCUGGGCUCUCACAGCUCUUCUCAGUUAGUUGGAACAGGUAGAAAUGACAGUGCUGGCAAUUGGACUACUCCUAAAAGACGAGGGCCUAAACAGGCAGUGGCAGCUCAACACAAGGCAGCUGUUGCUCCAAGCAAGGCUAAUUUGAGUAAUGGGUGGAAUGUGAGGGGUAUGAAUAAAAAAGAGAAGCAAAAAGCUAUUCUAGAUGUAUGUAAGGAGAAUAAGGUUGGUUUUGGAGCUUUUUUCGAAACUAAGGUGAAACAUGAGAAGAUUCAAGAAGUUUUUGGGAAUAAUUUUCAUAAUUGGGAUUACUAUUCUAGUUCUAUCACUUCUGGUAGGAUCUUGAUUAUUUGGCAAGCUAAGUUUGUGAAGGUUGAUAUAUUAUUUGAGGAUCCUCUACUUGUUCAUUGCAAAAUAAAAGUCAGUGGCCAGCAGGAGGUGUUCUUUGCUACGGUAGUAUAUGGUAGCAACUCAAUGGUGGAUAGGAAAAUUCUAUGGGACAAGUUAGCUAACAUUGGUCAUCUGAAUAAUCCUUGGAUCAUAUUCGGGGAUUUUAAUGCUAUGUUUAGCUUCCAGGAUAGGAAUGGUGGGAGACAAAUUUUAGCUAAAGAUAUUGCUGAUGCUCAAGACUGGCUGGCUUUAGGCCAAGUGGAAGAAUUUAAAUGUUCUGGUGCGCACUUUACUUGGUCCAAUAAACAUGAUAUAGGUGACCAGAUUUUUUCCAAACUUGAUCGAGUGUUUACUAAUGUUUCGUGGCUGGACUUGUUCCCCAAAACUGAAGCUUGUUUUAAAUGGGACUUUGUUUCUGAUCAUAGCUACUGUAUUAUCAAAAGUCAGGAGUUGAACAAGGUGGGGAUCAAACCUUUCAGAUUUUGUAAUCACUGGCUUCAUUACAGAAGGUUCAAAGAGGCUGUUUUGGGAAGCUGGAACUCUUCUUCAGGCUCGGUAGGGGGUCUUAAUCAGAUCGUUCAGAAGUUGUUUAGAGUUAAACAUGUGUUGAAACGUUUUAACAGGGAAGAGGUUGGUGAUGUUAUUUUGGAUUACAAGAUGGCUAAGGAGGAGCUCAGUAUUGCUCAAGAGGCCUUAACUACUAAUCCUGCUGAUCAUACUGUGCAUCAAGCUGUUAUUCAAGCUCAGCAGAAGUUUACUGUCAUGCAGAAUCGUUACUCUUGUUUCCUCAAGCAACAGAGUAAAGUUAACUGGGUAGUUUUCAGUGAUGAAAAUUCGAAAUACUUCCAUGCGGUUAUGAGGAAAAGAAGAAUAGAAAACAGAAUCACUUCUUUUAUUACUGGUGAUAAAAUUGAAGAUGAUUAUGAGAAAGUUGUAAAGCAUUUUCUCUCCCAUUUUGAGAACUUUAUGGGGAGGAGUAGUUCGGCUACCAAGGAAAUAGACUUAGAUUGUUUGAACCAGGGAAAUAGACUAUCUAUGGAGCAGCAAGUCCGUUUAUUAAGGCCGUUUAGUAAGAGUGAUGUGAAGAAGGCUCUUUUCAGCAUUCAUUCUUCUAAAAGUCCUGGGUUGGAUGGUUUUGGAUCAGGCUUAUUCAAGGGGUUAUGGGGAAAUAUUGGAGCUGAAAUUUCCCAAGCUGUCUUAGAUUUUUUCCAGGAUGGUUUCUUGCCGAAAUCAUUGAAUGAAACGGUGAUUUCCCUCAUUCCUAAGGUAGCAGAUCUGAAAUCAGCUAGUGAUUACAGGCCUAUUGCUUGUUGUAAUACACUUUAUAAGUGUAUUUCAAAACUGCUUUGUACUAGGCUCUCGGAAGUGCUUCCUUUCCUAGUUCAUAGCAACCAAGGGGCCUUCAUUAAGAACAGAAAUCUUGCUCAUAAUAUCAUGAUCUUCCAGGAUCUCCUAAAAGGGUAUACUAGGAAGAAUAUUUCAGCAAGAUGUAUAAUGAAGAUCGAUCUUAGCAAAGCCUACAAUACAGUCGAUUGGCACUUUGUGGAGGAGCUGCUUAAGAAUCUUUGUUUCCCUUCUAGAUUUAUUAAUUGGAUUUUGGUCUGUUUAAAAGGAACGAGCUACAGUCUCCUCAUGAAUGGUAGAAUUCAGGGUUCCUUCAAAGGGGAAAAAGGUCUUCGUCAAGGUGACCCUAUAUCUCCCCUCUUAUUUGUCCUGAUUAUGGAGUACCUCACCAGACUUUUGGCUCACAAUUCUGGUAAAAAAGGAUUUGGCUUUCAUCCUUUGUGCAAACAUCUUAGAUUAACUAACCUUUUCUUUGCAGAUGAUUUGAUUAUUUUUUGCAAAGGCAAUAUCAAUUCGGUGAGUGGCAUUCAAGAUGCUUUCAAGAAGUUAUGUGAUUCUACAGGUCUUUCUGCGAAUAAAGCUAAAUCUCAUAUCUUUUUUGGAGGAGUUAAAGAAGAAGUUAAAAUCAAGAUUCUUGGCCUGAUGCAAAUGGAUGAAGGUUCAUUUCCUUUGAAGUAUUUAGGGGUUCAUCUUAGGCCUACUAAAUGGAAGGCUUCAGACUGUGGGGUGAUUUUGGAUAAACUGAACAAGAACCUCAACUGUUGGGCGAGUAGGAAUUUAUCAUUUGCUGGUCGGGCUCAACUUAUUCACUCGGUUAUGCUUGGUAUUAGGAACUUUUGGAUGAGUAUUUUCAUUCUGCCUUAUAAAGUUACAGCUACUAUUGAUAAAUGCUGUCGAGAUUUCCUCUGGGGUUCAAGUGGGAAUAGGAGUAAGCUUCAUCUCCCUUCUUGGGAGAAGGUUUGUCUCCCGAAAAAAUUGGGUGGUAUUGGCUUUCGUGAAGGCAAGAAAUGGAACAUGGCUUUGAUGGCCAAGUAUAUAUGGGCUUCCUCUAGCAAACAAGACUGUCUUUGGGUUAGAUGGAUCAACUCCAUUUACCUUAAAGAUCAAAACAUUUGGAGUAUUCCAAUUAAGCAAGAUAUGAGUUGGUAUUUUAAGAAGCUGCUGAAGCUUAGGCAAAUUACUGAUGAAGUUUCUUUGAGACAAGCUGAAAAGGGAGUUGUGUAUGCUGAGACUGUUUGGAACAAACUUCUAGUGCCCAAGCAUAGGUUUAUCUAUUGGCAGAUUUUUAACUCUCAAUUGCUUACCAGAGAUCACUUGAGCCGCUUCUUGCCUAUCCAAUCUUCUUCAUGCCCUGUUUGUGACUUGGAUUUAGAAACUCAUAGCCACCUAUUCAUGGAUUGUAUUUUCUCAAGGAGGUUAUUUGGGGAAGUUAGCAGCUGGCUGGGUGUUUUUAUGUGGCCGAAGUCAUUCUUGGAGCUUCAGAACUGGUGUCAUUCAGCUGUUAGAGGUUUGAAGUACCAGAUUAUGAAUGCUGUUCUUUCUGCAACUCUGUACUUUAUUUGGAAAAACAGGAACAAGUGUAUCUUUGAUUCUGCUUGUAAUUCUGCUAGCAGUGUUAGCUUUGAAAUUAGGAAAGUUGUUAAAUGUAGAAUCUUGGGUUUGGGUCUUCUUAGCUUUAGCAAAAAGGACAGAUAUUUGCUCAAUAUUGUAGAGGGUUGGUAA